AGUCUUGUUGAUGUUGCCGUGAGCGGCGUUCGACAACAACAAUUCACUAGGAGGGCAGUUACGCUAGCAGUACUAAGUGUCGUGUUCGUUCGAGCGACAGUUUUGCCGGUGGACGACAACGCUGGCGGGUGACAGAGCAGUGAGCGCUGGCGCGUCAGCGCAGUGUCGGAGUGUCGUUGUAUUUGACAGCGUGACUUUUCGAUUGGUGGGGUGAGGUUCCACUGUCUGCCAGGGGUUCAAAAAGGAGGCUGCACGCAAGGUUAUGGUACAUCGAUUGCAAGACAUCGUCAUCACUAGGGUCGUCGAAAAAAGUCACGAGACGAAGUCGAAUAAAACGAGGAAUAAGGGCAUCUCUGAAAGAUCGAGUUCUCAGAAGGUACAAGACUUUCACGGAGGGAAAAGGAAAACAGAAAGCGAACUGGAGUCACCUCUCUAGGCUAGGUCGUAUAAGUUUGUGACGAUGCAUGCGUGCAUGGAAGGAUCGUACGUCUGUUGAAAGUGAUGUUCGCUAUUCUGUGCCUUCAACUCGUGAGGUGAACGACACUUCACGAAUUGCGACGAAAAUAAAACUGCCAGUGAAGGUGAAUGCAGCACGAAGUACUCAAGACGAAGUGGAGCUAAUUGUACCAUGAGUACAUCGUGGACUACGCUUCUCUGCCUGGUCGGAUGUAUCUCGCAGGUGUUUUGUCGGACGAGCUCGGACAAUUUCCUGGAUGGUGAGAAAGAUGUGGUCAUACGAUUGCAUAAUGUGCACACACCGAUAGAAGAUGAGCAAAUGCAGAUAUGGCCGACACCCAGCAUCAGCUCGAAGGCUCAGAAAAGAGUGAUGGUGGUACGAGUUUCGGUGAAUCUCACAUUCUACAUUGAACUCGAGCCACAACUGGAUACUAGACUGCAUUCUCGUCUAGAACGUGUUCAUGUCCGGUACGAGAAUUAUACGGAUAGCCAUCCAUUACAUGAUGUGCAGAAAUGCCAAUUUAUCGGCAGAGUUAUUUCGCCCGUGAGCGGAAUCGCCUCGGUUAAUACAUGCCCCAACUCUACGGAGGCUCACGCCAUCAUGAUUACGGAUGGAGGGGUAUUUUAUCUGAAGCCGCGACUGAUCGAGUGGCGAGGCGACAAGGACCGGCCGCAUGUACUCACGCGUCUGCAGUCGGAGAGAGGAGAACAAUUUUGUGGUUUGCAUACCUUUAAGGAGGAGGUUCCCCUCGACGAUAUGAGCCACAUAGCGCCGAGCAUUACGGAAACAGUUGAAACGACACCAGGAUCCGCCAAGGCGAAUUUUGGUUAUGAGAGGUCCAGGCUCCAAACGAAUAUGCCUGAACAUGAAAAUAUUAUCAUUAACUCUCGGCGGAAGCGUGCAGCCCAAGGCGGUAUAAAGUACAUAGAGACAGGUAUCUUUGUUGAUCGUCACAUGUUCGACGCUGUCGAAAAGACCAAGCCACCGAAUACGGUCGGAGCUAUAGUCAACAUAGUCAUGGCUAUCCUGCACCAGGUCCAGCUAAUCUACGAAUAUCAGUCAAUGACCGCGUAUGAUUUCAAGAUUAUCGUCGUUAAGUUUGAGAUUUUAAGAAAUACUAAGACAUCUCCAAACACCGGAAGUGGCAAUAUCGAUCGCUAUCUUGACAGCUUUUGCGCUUGGCAGUGCAAACGACUGCCAGCAACGGGAAGCAAAGAUCACUGGGAUCAUGCGAUUCUGCUAACUGGCCUGGAUAUGUAUAAAGUGACUGGAAGCAUCAAGAAUGACAAAGUACUUGGUUUAGCGUGGGUAAACGGAAUGUGUCGAUGCGACUAUAGCUGUACCAUCAACGAAGGUAACUCUGCCGAGGCGGCCUUUGUCAUAGCUCAUGAGAUGGGUCACAGCCUUGGCAUGCAGCACGAUGGGUCAGGAAACACGUGUGAUAGCAACAAAUAUAUCAUGUCCGAUCGAACUGGAGCUGGAAAAGUCAAUUGGUCAAAAUGCAGCAAUGACUACGUUAAAAAUGCUGAACGAAAAGGUCAAUAUAAAUGUCUGGCAAACGAGGCAAAACCAGCUUCACCUGCGGUAGACAUCGCCAAACUGCCUCAGCUUCCCGGUGAAGAGUAUUCGGCCCUUCAGCAAUGUCAGAUGGCCCUCAGUCCCAAACACAAACCGUAUACAACUUCCUCACCGCCCUUUAACGACAUCUGUCGCGAACUCUGGUGCCUCGAGGGCCAGUGGGCAACGCCAGCUCAUCCAGCGCUUGACGGUACGAGUUGCUCAUCGGGAAAGUGGUGUCGUCAGGGGACAUGCGUGGUGAAAAGCUCCUCGAGUAAGUACAACGCUUCAACAGCAGCCAUCCCCACCGAGCGGCCCCAAACAGCGGCCACUCAAUCAGGCAUGAGCGCCACCGCACGUCGGGUGACGGGUCAGGCGACGUCAAGAACACGUUGGACCUUGAAGAAUCUAUACAGACGGUUUCCGGGAUUUUUCUAUUCGGGCUAAUGUUACGAGAAUAUAAAUCACUACAUAAGGCAAUGAUGUGCAUGGAUGGGAUCCAUUUGCUUUAUUAUCCACCACACUGCAACACAACAACAACGAUGACAAAGGAAUAGGCGAUUACAUAAGCAUUUGUUAACCAAUACGUAUUUGUCUACUCUAGCCCGUUUAACAGAAUUUGUUCGACGAAACAUCUUCAGUGGCGGAAAGUAUGCUGUGGAUGUAGGUAAAAUGAAGUAGUAGUUAUUUCAGACAAUUGCGCAUGAGGACCAAUAUAAUAAAAAAAAAGUGGAAAUGAUGGCUGGAUAUGAAACUGCAUGCGCGUGUGGGGUAAUAUUAUAUUCCGAUAUUAAAAAUACAUAAGCCUAAAAGUAUUUUAUCUAUAAUGGUAGCGCCAUAAACGUGCUGCAGGAUAUGUGCUAACUUUUGUAAUAAUAAUUGGCUUUAGUUCGUUUGGUUUUACCUAUCAAGAAAACAUGUGAUAUAAUGGUUCCAUUAUUAAAAUGCGCGUUCUCUCCAAUGUAAGAUAAGAGGACUCGCCAAAGGUGUAUCAUGUUUUCUAAAAUUUGCUUGUAACUGCUAAAGCGGCGAGGGUUAAUAGCAAGGCUAGACUUUUACGUAUAAAUUAAACAGAAAAAACGUGGAUUUUUUUGCUUGCGUCGAUUAUUUGCUAAGCUAGGUCGCCAGUAUUUUUCCCUAUUUACAGUGACUUUUUACCAUAAUUUUACCAUCAUGAAUGAGCAUCAAGCCUAAGCAUAAAUGGACGGAACUCUUCUGUAUUAUAGAAUGGUUUAUGAAGACACCUUCCCUGUAAUGUUUCAAUAGCAUAUUUGCACGAACCACACUACAUCAAAGCUGAAAGGGAGUCACGUUUCCACCAUCUUUUUUUGCACAACAUGACACAAUGGCAUUUAUUGAUGGCCAUCUCGAUGUUACUAGCAUUAAAGUAUAUGAAUAUACGGACAAAAGCUUUGUGAAACUGCGGGUCUGUUGCGUGGGUUGAUGUGGCACUUCUCAAAAGAUUAGAGCUAUUGAGAGUAUCGUGAGAAGCAGGUGACCUUUUUUCGCGCCUAUUUGGGAUCUAACGCUGAGUCAGGACGUUCGCCGCUCACAGGGCAGACUCAGGCACCAGCGACUUCGGAAAGAAGGGCAAAGCCAACGCAAGUAUCAGGCAGAAAUCGCCAACAAGGACGUAGGACGCUUCGGGG